AUGUCCUCGCCGCCAGAGGAGAACCAACCCCUGCUCCCACCCUCAGCGCACCUGGAUGCGCCAUCUCGCUCCAAGCUGCAAGCGAGGCGAUACCUUCCCGAGCCGAAGAGCGACAAGGCGCGCGGGAAGCAGCGCGCCGUCGACGACGGUGACCAUGACGCAGAGGCCGAGGGCGACGAGGCCGCCGAACCCAGCGGGUCCCGCGGGGACAGCAAGGGAAAGGGAAAGAGUUCCCAUGAUGCCGGACGUGCAGUGACCGUCAUCUUCUCGGACGACGCGGGUAACCUCGAGGUGUGGGUUGAUGACGGCGAGAGUGUUGGCCGCGUCAAGGACCAGAUCCGUCAUAUGCGCCCAAGCGUCGCUGGUCUUCAGCUCCGUCUCAUCCACGCCGGUCGUCUCCUGACAGACGGUAUCCUUCUUCUCCCGUGGCUCCGUUCGCUCGAGGAACGUGUCAAACGGCAGGCAGCAGGUGUGGGCGGCGACGUGGGGCAGGUGCUCCGCGAAGUCGGCCUCGCCGAGGUGGACAGGGACGGCGCACCUGGUACCGAAGGCAAAGUGUAUCUCCACUGCAAUGUCGGCGGUCCGUUGGCUGCUGGAACCACACCGGAGGAAGAAGUCGAGGCGCCAGCUCCCCGGCGCCGUGGCUUUGACACGCUGCUGGACGCGGGCCUGAGUCCCGAGGACGUCGCGAACAUGCGUCGCCAGUUCUACGAAUCGCGUGGAGAGGAGGUACCCGACCUCGGCGCAAACUAUGAAAAUGACGAGCACGCUAGAGCUUUGGAAGAGCAGUGGAUAGAGGGUGACCUGACACCGGAAACAGCGACGACCUCAUCUGAGGGCAUGUACGCCUCGAUCCUCCACGGCCUCCUCGUCGGCUUCCUGGUCCCUCUCACGCCGUGGUUCUUCUUCCGUGACGCGCCGCUGCCCAACUUCUUUGAUGCCGAAGCCGAGGCAGACGAGGCAGCACGCAGGGAAGACGAGGCUGCGCGCGCAGAGGACGAGCGACUUGCCCGGGCCCACGCUGCUUCGAUGAGCGCAAGUGGCACUACUGGCGGAUCAGAUGGGCCAGGUGUCACGGAUGAUGACGACCCUCUCGGCCCACAACCACCGCAGCCGUCCACACCGCCCCUGCAGAUCGACGCUCUUGCGCCGCCUCCCGCAGCCACUGCGCCGGAUACGGUGUCGACCCGCGUAUCGUCUUCGCCGCUCGUGGGCUCCGAGGUGGUGCCUUCGGUCGUGUUUGGGACCAGGAUGCAGAUUGGCAUUGUCCUUGGCACCGUCAUCAACGUCCUCUUUGGCGCCCUGCGUUUCCUCAACAGCUAG